CCUGAGUAAGAGCAGUGCGAACAGCGUCUUCACUACAGAGAUGCGUCACAGCGUAAACACUGCUUGUUCUGUUCUGGUACCAAUAAACCUGCUAUUUAUGGAUAUUUAGACAGAAGACUUGUGCACGUUGAACGAACCAUGAGCACCGUAUUCUGCUGUGUUUUGGGUGUAUUAUUCUCAGUGGCUCUUUGCACUGACUUUGAAGAGAGACCCAGCAGCUCCAGGAGGAGUGAGCAAACCAUGUUUCUAAAGAGUCACAAAUCACGAAGUCUGCUCAGUUUGGAGGAUUUACAGGAGCCAGACCAUGUCAAGAUGAAAAGGAGUGAAGAAUCCGCGCAAAAUCAAUGUCAAUCACUGCACGGCUAUGAUUCUACUUUAAAAAACAAUACUCAUACGCAUAACUUCAAUGACCUGAGUGGCACGGUGUCUCUGGCCUGGGUUGGAGACUACACAGGGGUUCUGCUGGUGCUGACCACCUUCCAGGUUCCUCUCUUUAUCAUGCGGUUUGGUCAAUCCAGACUGUACAGAAGUGAAGACUAUGGAAAGACAUUCCAGGACAUCACCGACCUCAUUAACAACACCUUCAUACAGACAGAGUUUGGCAUCGCAAUUGGUCCCGAAAAUUCAGGGAAGGUGAUCCUCACAGGUGAUCUAACUGAGGGGAGAGUUACCAAAAUCUUCCGUUCGGUUGAUUUCGGCAAGAGCUUUGUGACCUCUGAGCUUCCCUUCCAUCCGUUAAUGCAGAUCAGAUACAACCCCAGAGACAGCAACAUACUCGUGGUCUACAGCAUCAAUUAUGACUUGUGGCUGUCUGAAGACUUCGGAGCCAGUUGGAGGAAGAUCCAUGAGAGGGUGUGUCUUAUGAAAUGGGGAAUUGAUGACGCUAUUUUCUUAACCACAAAUCCCAAUGGAUCCUGCAGUGACCGGGGAACGCUUGAGCUGAGGAAAUCUUUAGACUAUGGCAAAACAUUCAAAACUAUAGGAAGCAGGAUUUAUUCCUUUGGCCUUGGUGGACGCUUUGUUUUUGCCUCAAUCAUGACUGACUUGGGUUCCACACGCAUGAUUCACGUCUCAGUAGAUCAGGGGGAAACCUGGGAUAUGGCUCAACUCCCCACCGUUGGACACGAGCAGUUUUACUCCAUUCUAGCCGCAAACAACGACAUGAUCUUCAUGCACGUAGACGAACCUGGAGACUCCGGAAUUGGUACCAUAUAUGUGUCAGAUGACCGAGGUAUAGUGUUUUCCAAGUCUCUGGAACGUCAUUUGUACACCACUACAGGCGGAGACACAGACUUCACCAACAUCACCUCUUUGAGGGGCGUAUAUAUGACCAGUGUGCUCACCGUGGAUGGCUCUGUGCAGACAGUGAUCACAUUUAAUCAAGGUGGAGAGUGGCAAACACUGCAGAAACCCUGGAACGGAGAGUGUGACUCCACUACUGUGCACCCGGACAAAUGUAGUCUGUAUAUCCAUGCCUCCUACAGCAUCUCUAUAAAACUGAACGUGCCCAUGCAGCCCCUCUCCGAGCCCAAUGCCGUGGGACUCAUCCUGGCACAUGGGAGUGUGGGAGGUGCAGUUUCUGUGCUUUCUCCAGACGUCUAUGUGUCUGAUGACGGGGGUUACACAUGGUUUCAGGCACUGAAAGGCCCCCAUCACUACGCCAUCCUGGAUUCAGGAGGCUUGCUUGUAGCGGUGGAGCACAACCCCUCACACCCCAUUUCACAGAUCAAAUUUUCCACUGAUGAAGGUCAGUGUUGGCAUGUGCAUAACUUCACUGAUGAUCCAAUGUACUUCACUGGGCUGGCAUCCGAACCUGGUGCCCGUUCCAUGAAUAUCAGCCUUUGGGGCUACAGGGAAACUUUCCUGAAUCAGAACUGGGUUUCUGUCACUGUUGACUUCAGGCAGUUGCUCUCUAGAGACUGUCAGGAGAAUGACUACAUCCAGUGGCUCGCUCACUCAAGCGAUAUUAACGACCCCACUGAUGGGUGCAUCCUGGGAUACAAGGAAAGGUUCUUACGGUUACGAAAAGACUCAGUCUGCUGGAACGGGCGGGAUUACAUUGUCACCAAGGAGCCUACGAUUUGUCCCUGCACCCUUACUGACUUUCAGUGUGACUUUGGAUUCUAUCAUGCGGAAAACAGCUCUGUGUGUGUGGAGCAGCCUGACCUUAUUGGCCAUUCACUGGAGUUCUGCCUCCAUGGACGCAAAGAGCAGCUUCAGACCAGCGGUUACCGGAAAAUUCCCGGAGAUCACUGUGAAGGAGGAAUAACUCCAGAACGAAAAGAGAUUGAUCUGAGUAAGAAAUGCGUUAGUAAUUUGCCGAGGACAGAGCUACUGACAGAAGAACAUUCAUUCCAUUCGGCUCCUAUAAUCGCUGUGGUCAUCGCUGUUCUGUUGAUCAGUGCCGUUGCUGGUGUUAUUUUCAUCAAAAAAUAUGUCUGUGGAGGAAGGUUCCUGGUGCACAGGUACUCCGUAUUAAAGCAGCACGCAGAAGCUAACGGUAUCUAUGGUGUGGAGGACCUGGACACACUGGAGGGUGACAAGACACACUACCAUCAUGAUUCAGAUGAGGACCUCCUAGAGUGACAGACACAUGGAUCAUCAUAAGACAGGAGAUAAAAGAGAAACCACAAUGCCUACCCUGCCCAAGACCUUCUAUGUGUGUACAUUCUGACCAAUCGAUUUGCUUCUGGCUACUUGGGGAAAGAUUUUCAGUGAUUCAGCACAGCAGGAUUGACUGCAAGGACAGAAAUGGCGAAAAACACGCAUUUUCAUAAAAGCAUCUCCCUAAGGGGUUUUCUAAUCCUCAGCUGAAUCUUUUUCAUCAAUCAUUUCAUGUUAUGGAUUUGGGGUGCACAAAGGAUUUGAAGCAAUUAUGUUGCCAUAUAUUUCAAAUUUAUGCGAGUUGAUGCCCAAAAUCUGAUGGCUGAGGAGUAUUAUUUAACUAAGCAGUACUUUGAAGGCCACUAUAAUUGGAGUAUAAUUUACAGAAAAAAAGGAUACAUCAGACAUGAGCUUUGUUAAAACUGAUGUAAGUGCUUAUUUUUUCAUGCCUGAUUUCCUGCAUCAGGUAUUAAACUUCACCAAAGGAUUUUCAGCUUUGUUUUCUUCGUUUUGCAUAUUAGGAUGGUUUGAAGUAUCUUGAAGCCUGUUUUUUUCUUUUUCUUUUUCUUUUUUUAAUCCAUUAUAAAAAAUAGAAGUGUUUUCAGAAAAUAACUCAUCAUUUCCAGAGUUAUUGUCUGAGCAAAUCUGGAUGAAGGUGAAGUGUUUAAAGGUAAUAUGUAAUAUUCCCUGGAAGCUUCAUGUGUGAGUUUCACGAUAGACUGAGACUUGUUUAUAAAGUUUGUAGGCUUUAUUCUACUAACAUAACAUCCCUGAGGAUUACAGUUCGGAUCUCCAAGAAACUAGUUUAGCCAAGCUUUAGUCAUUCCAUAAGUCAAACUGGACUUUUGUCUUGUUGCCUGCCAUUGCUGUUUGCUAAAAUAUACAAUGCACUUGGCAUAUCUUCAAUGCACAAGUUAUAAUACAUUCUCCAGCAUUCUUCAUUUUUCAGUAUUACCAAUGCUAUUCUCUGAUGGUACAGUAUCAUUUGAUGCAAAAAAAGAUGGCACAUUGUGUGGUUUUCAGUCAUCUUAUUAUAGUGCACCUUACACAUAAUGGAUCUUAGAGAUAUAAUAGUAACAUGGUAUCAAUCUGACACCUUGUUGCUAAGUCAGCAAUAACUGUAUAUUCAAUAACAAGACGAUAUUUAAUGUUAAUUGUGACAUUAAGUGUUCUUUUCUUAUUCAGAACAACAACUCAUCCUUCAUUAGGAUGUUGACAACAUUAAGUGCAUCUAUUUAGCAGCAUAAUCAAAUAUGAAAAUGUAUAUAUUUUUUGGUCUGUAUUGACUGUCAACUCAUAAAUAAGCUAAUUUGUAGUCAGUAAGCUGAUUAAGAUAUGAGUGCAUUUUUUUUCCCUGCACAGAUAAUAGAUACAGAUACCUCAGGGUUUAUAGAAGACAGUGGGCCACACAUUUCAUUGAUGGGUUUGCAUUUUGAAAGCAGGGUCCUCAGGUUUGAGAUGGAUAAACUUGGCUUUUCUGAAGUCAUGUGUAAAAUGCUGUACCAUUAAAUGUGACUGCCAACAACAAUAAAACAAACAAACAAAAAACUUUUCAUAA